AUGGCUCCUUCAGAGUUUUUGAAGCAGAGCCGCCAGGGCCCCGACUCGGAGCGCGGCGGCGAGGCGGCCCGGCUCAACCUGUUGGACACUUGCGCCGUGUGCCACCAGAACAUCCAGAGCCGCGCGCCCAAGCUGCUGCCCUGCCUGCACUCCUUCUGCCAGCGCUGCCUGCCCGCGCCGCAGCGCUUCCUCAUGCUGCCCGCGUCCAUGCUCGGCCCGGCCGACACCCCGCCGCCCGCGCCCGCGCCCGCCGCCUCGCCCUUCGCCACGCAAGUUGGAGUCAUUCGUUGUCCAGUGUGCAGCCAAGAAUGUGCUGAGAGACACAUCAUAGAUAAUUUUUUUGUGAAAGACACUACAGAGGUCCCCAGCAGUACAGUAGAAAAGUCCAACCAGGUAUGUACAAGCUGUGAGGACAAUGCGGAGGCAAAUGGCUUUUGUGUGGAGUGUGUGGAGUGGCUCUGCAAGACCUGCAUCAGAGCCCAUCAGAGGGUUAAGUUCACCAAAGACCACACCGUCAGACAGAAAGAGGAGGUAUCUCCGGAGGCUGUUGGUGUGACCAGUCAACGACCAGUGUUUUGUCCUUUUCAUAAAAAGGAGCAGUUGAAGCUUUACUGUGAGACUUGUGACAAACUGACCUGUCGGGAUUGCCAGUUACUAGAACAUAAAGAGCAUAGAUAUCAAUUUAUAGAAGAAGCUUUUCAGAACCAGAAAGUGAUCAUCGAUACACUAAUCACAAAACUAAUGGAAAAAACGAAAUACAUAAAAUUCACAGGAAACCAGAUCCAAAACAGAAUACUUGAAGUAAAUCAGAAUCAGAAGCAGGUGGAGCAGGACAUCAAGGUGGCUAUCUUCACGCUGAUGGUAGAGAUAAAUAAGAAAGGGAAAGCCCUGCUGCACCAGCUAGAGAGUCUUGCCAAGGACCAUCGCAUGAAGCUCAUGCAGCAACAACAGGAAGUGGCUGGGCUUUCUAAGCAGUUAGAACACGUUAUGCAUUUCUCCAAAUGGGCUGUGUCCAGUGGAAGUAGCACCGCCUUGCUGUACAGCAAGCGCCUGAUCACCUACCGGUUACGGCACCUCCUCCGGGCAAGGUGUGAUGCUUCGCCGGCGGCCAACAACACCAUCCAGUUUCACUGUGAUCCUAGUUUCUGGGCUCAGAAUAUCAUCAAUUUAGGUACUUUAGUAAUCGAGGAUAAGGAGAGCCAGCCACAAAUGCCUAAGCAGAGCCCUGCCGUGGAGCCAAGCCCACAGCCACCAGGUGGCUUCUCUUCAAACCAGUUAUCCAAGUUCCCAACACAGAUCAGCCUAGCUCAGUUACGGCUCCAGCACAUGCAGCAACAGCAACCCCCUCCACGCUUGAUCAAUUUUCAGAAUCACAGCCCCAAACCCAAUGGACCAGUCCUUCCUCCCCAUCCUCAACAACUGAGAUACCCUCCGAGCCAGAGUCUCCCUCGGCCAGCAAUAAAGCCAAACCCCCUUCAGAUGGCUUACCUGGCUCAGCAAGCCAUAAAGCAGUGGCAGAUCAGCAGUGGGCAAGCUGCCCCGUCAACUGCCAACAGCACGUCCUCCACCCCCUCCAGCCCCACCAUCACCAGCGCAGCAGGGUACGAUGGCAAGGUGUUCAGCUCCCCUGUGAUUGAUCUGAGUGCGCCAGUGGGAGGGCCUUAUAACCUGCCUUCUCUGCCAGAUAUUGACUGUUCGAGCACCAUCAUGCUUGACAAUAUUGCGAGGAAGGACCACAGCAUAGACCCUGGCCCACCCCGACCCCCUUCCAGUCGGACCGUGCAGUCACCCAACUCCUCAGUGCCCUCCCCAGGCCUGCCAGGGCCUGUCACCAUGACGAGUGUCCACCCCCCAAUACGCUCACCUAGUGCCUCCAGUGUCGGGAGCCGAGGAAGCUCUGGCUCUUCUAGCAAACCAACAGGAGCUGACUCCACACACAAAGUCCCUGUGGUCAUGCUGGAGCCGAUCCGAAUCAAACAAGAAAACAGUGGCCCCCCCGAGAACUACGACUUUCCUGUGGUGAUAGUGAAACAAGAGUCCGACGAGGAGUCCAGGCCUCAAAAUACCACCUACCCCAGGAGCAUCCUCACCUCACUGCUCCUCAAUAGCAGCCAGGGCUCAGCUUCUGAGGAGGGCGCACCAAGGUCCGACGCGCCAGACAGCACAGGAGACCAGCCUGGCCCCCACCAGGAGAACCCCUCCAAUGGGAAGGCCAAGUGGCUGGACACGGCCCAGAAGUCCCCACUCCAUGGAGACCCAAGGAAAGAGGACGACCCCAAUGAGGACUGGUGCGCAGUGUGUCAGAACGGAGGGGAGCUCCUGUGCUGUGAGAAGUGUCCCAAGGUGUUCCACCUCUCCUGCCACGUGCCCACCCUGGCCAAUUUCCCCAGUGGAGAGUGGAUCUGCACUUUCUGCAGAGACUUGUCAAAGCCGGAGGUUGACUACGACUGUGACUCUCCCAGUCCCCACUCGGACAAAAGGAAAAGCGACCUGUUUGGCCGACUGCCUCCCACAGACAAGCGGAAGUGUGAGCGGCUACUUUUAUUUCUUUACUGCCAUGAAAUGAGUCUGGCUUUUCAGGACCCAGUGCCUCUAACUGUGCCCGAUUAUUACAAAAUAAUUAAAAGCCCAAUGGACUUGUCAACCAUCAAGAAAAGGCUCCAAGAGGAUUGCUCCUUGUACACGAAGCCAGAUGACUUUGUCGCCGACUUUCGGUUGAUCUUUCAAAACUGUGCUGAAUUCAAUGAGCCUGAUUCAGAAGUUGCCAAUGCUGGAAUAAAACUUGAAAGCUAUUUUGAAGAACUUCUAAAGAACCUUUAUCCCGAGAAAAGGUUUCCUAAGGUAGAAUUCAGGAACGAACCAGAAGAUAACAAAUUUAGUGAUGACUCGGACGAUGACUUUGUACAGCCACGGAAGAAACGCCUGAAAAGCUUCGAGGAUCGCCAGUUGCUUAAAUAAGCAAGCUCCACCCCACCCCCGGCACGUGCUUUUCUGGGAUUUUCACUGUUGAGGUUUCAUGACCACAGGUGGUGUUGGUACUCGUGUACAGGACGUGGGUGUCCUUUAUAGCCUGUUUCUUUAACCUCUCACUGGGGGCAGAAGGGGAAAGCGAGAGAAGCUUCAACAACAAAAUAAAAAGACAUUCUUCCCACCUCGUGGAUUUCAAAAAGGCAAUCCGGGGCAAUAGUAUUAUAGGAAAGACUUGGUGUGAACUCUACGUUGAAGUGUUCAUGUGGUUUGGAUGUGUGCGUUAACCAUUUUUAGAAAAGUAAUGAUGGCUGACCAUCUGAGCAAGGGGGCUGUAUGGAAGGGUGGGACUCUGUGAAGUAGAGUGGUUGACACGUUCUAACCCAGGUGCCAUGGCGCCAGGAGAGGGUAGGUAAGAUGCUCUUCAGAAGGCACCUACUAGUAUAUCAUGUAAGACGGCAACUGUAUUAAAAAAAAAAAAAUCGGGAAAACUAAUACUUGGUUUUUGUUUUUCUCUCUUGUGCGUAGGGAUGUCUUUGUAGAGCAGGGUUUCGAGGCUGGUUUUGGUGCAUUUCCAGAGCUAGACUUAGCUUCGUCGGGGAGUCGUGUCUGACUUGGCCUUCAGCAGUGUGGUGGCCCUCCUCCCCCUUGUUCCCGCCAUACUCUCGUGCAGGGCUUGCCCUGAGGCGUCUCAGAGGCGCCCGUUGCUCUCUCACCUGCCUGCACUCUUUGGGGUGAGAAUGUGGGGUCUGGGAGCCAGCCGUGAGGUUUGGUUGGAAGCAUCUGUUCCUUGUGUUUAGGAGUUAGAAUUUCCCAUUGAACUUUCUGGCAGAUGCUGAAAUUUAUUCUCCAGGUACCGACAUGAAGGCCCGCUGCUAGGGUGGCUGCUGGCAGCAUGUCUGGCUGCUGCUCAGUGCUUGUCCCGGAAGGAAGUCGGGGAGUGAGUAGCAGCGUUGGUGUGCCAUUUGCUAAUCAGGGGCGUGAACCAUUUCCGUUUGUCAAGGAGACCCUUUGUAAAGCAUUGAUUGGAGGAGCUGGCAACGUGAGAGUGAUCGGGUGUGAACACAGGUGACCCUUUGUGUCAUUUGGUCUCACAAAUGGGUUGCAGGGGACUAGACUGGCUCUGACCCCAGGGCUGGCAUUCUGGGGUGGCUUCACUGGGGUUUCAGACUGAAAACAAUGUGGAGAAAAGAGAUAACUAGUGAUCAACUCCCGCUUCCUACAUUGACUUUACUCUUGUCUGGUGUGUACUAACGGCUGGUAUCCCUGUCAGUUUUCCAAUAAGCAGGAUAUCUCUCUGAUUCCCUUCCCGAGACCGAGCAGGGCUUCAUUCCUGGAAAAUUUCCAUUAUCUUUUCAUUCCCUUGUUACACCAGCUUUUUGAAGUUCCCGCAUACUUGAACUAACUUUGAUAGCUAUGCACAUCGUUGAUAGACCUCCUGCCGCCGCCGCCGGUGCUGACUCAGCCUCCAUGUAGGAUGGAGCCAGGUUGCUCCAUAGGGUUUCAAGUCUGUCCUCGGCAUGGGCAUGGAAGCACGUGGCCUCGUCUCGAGCAGCUCGUGAGCAGAGCUUCCGGUACUGUGCUGCCAGGGCCCCUUCUAUCACUUCUAGACCUUGACUUUGCCUGUUGUACUCACUCGGCAGCCACGGAGCUUCUGCCAACUGGUCUUGUUAGAGUGCCACUGUCGGGCGUCUUGUUCACCCAGAACUGCCUCCUAGGAGUGGAGUGGACAUUUGAAAAACGAGUCUGCCCCCUGGGUCUGAGCCAGAAUGUCUGCCUGCACCACUGCUGCGUGCUGCGCCACACUGCUCCUCUUGAACAGUAUUCUUGCUGCACGACGCCGUCUCCAUCCCGUCGUCACGUCCUCGUGCUCAUGCCAGGAGAGUGGGAAAGGUCCAGGACUUCUCUCAAUGAGCUGCCUCUUCAUCAGGGGUAUGAGCUUAUUAUUUAAUAGCAGGGUCUGAGCCUGAUCUAAGCUGUCUGUGCUCUAGAAGAAGCAAACCCUCAUGCUGGCCUGAUCUCCAGAGCGUUCCCCCAAAGUGUGCAAUUCAGGCACCCCCACUGCUUACCUCUGAUCAAAAGCUUGUGAGCCCUCUUCCAUUUGGGACUAAGAGUCCUGCCACUGCUGUCAGAGGUGGAUGUGGGAGAUUUGGAGCUGGACUGAGGGACGCUGCAGACAAGGUUGGCAUGGCUCAUGCCGUCACGCCACCUUUUGAAGACUGAACCGAACUUUGUGGAAAUGCUCUCGAGAUCCAGAGCUGG